AUGGUGGACGAUUCAAACUAUCUUACGCCACAUGAAACUGCACUGGCGGUGGUAGCCACUGCCAUGAAAAAAGCAAGAUUGCAAUUAGAUACUUUGAUAAUAAAUUCCAUACUUGGUGGUAUUCUAUUCAGUAGUGGUUCAUUCUUAUUGGUAGCGAUACACUCCGAUGAUCCUGAUAUGGUCGCACGAAACCCAGGCAUUGUGAAUCUUAUAACUGGUGUUACCUUUGCCAUAGGUCUCUUUUAUGUGGUAAUAAUGGGUGCCGACCUUUUCAACUCUAAUAUUCUGUUUUUCUCUGUUGGGGUUAUGAGGAGAGCGGUAACUAUUUAUGAUUUAAUUGUUUCAUGGUUUAUUAGUUGGAUAGGCAAUAUUGCCGGUUCGCUUUUCGUUUCAUACCUUUUCGGUCAUCUUACAGGUAUUGGUUCUCAGGAGCUUUGGAUGAAGGGCUCAAAGCAAAUCAUAGAACAAAAGGCAUCAUAUUCAUUCAUACAAACUUUUCUAAAGGGAAUAGCAGGUAAUUUUUUUGUCUGUUUGGCAAUUUACUUACAACUAAUGGCAAAGCCCAUUCAUGUCAAAUUCAUCAUAAUGUCAUUCCCCAUCAUAACUUUUGUAGGAAUCGGAUUUACGCAUGUAGUUGCGGAUAUGUCUGCAUCCUUCAUUGCCAUGCUCAAUGGUGCCAAUGUUUCGGUGGGUAAAUAUAUUUGGAAACUACUGAUUCCUGCUUCUUUGGGUAAUAUCAUUGGAGGACUCUUUUUUAGUGCAGUUGUUCCCUUCUACUUACAUUUGAUAGUUGUGGAACGCGAUAGGAAGAGAUUAUCUUUACCAGAAUACGAAGCAAGAGAUGAACAACCGGAACUGAACAUGGAUUCAAGGGUCGUCAGAAUACCAAAACGUGAGUGUGAGGAAGAUACAGAAGAUGAAGCUAGUGACGAUGAUGCAACUGAAACCGGUGGAGAUCUUGAAGACCUGACUGAAAAGGAUUCUGCAAGCAUUUAUAAUACAAUCCACGAUAGCUCGAGUUAUUUGACCGGGAGAAGUCUAAAUUCGCUACUAUCCCUACCUUCAUCAGCCAUAACUUCCGACAAUGCUACAAUGGAAUCGGACUUGGGAGAGCCCGUACCAUUCAUACCUAAAAGUAACUCUACGACAAGAUCUUCACACUUAAAGUUGCCUCACAAUCACUCGACCAAAUCCAUUAACAGACAUCGUAUUAACAAGCGCCACAGUUUGAGAUCACCGCCUGGUGUCUUUCCUGUAAGGGGAAUGGGGGAACCGCUAGAAAGAGAAAAAACCAUUGAAGAUGCAACUUACGACCCUAAGGAAAAUGAACUUUUUCUAAGGAGAGCCGAAACACAUAACUCCACAUAUUUGAAGAAUAAAAAAAAGGAGGAUGAUAACCUGUUAAGGCUAGUGAAAACUGAAGAAGAUCGCGAGCAAAAGGAGUACGAAAAAAAUGGUGGUUACAAUAUCCUGGAAAAUAAACCAGGUACCAGGCUAGAAAAAAUAAUUACCCAUCUUGCUGAAAAUGUGUCUUCCAGAGAAGUGACGCCUCCGGUAUUGCCUAGGACGACACAGGAUACUUUUCCUCACAACACUCCGGCCUCGUCUCCAGCAUACACAGACGAUGUUCAUUCAUUACGUAGAGCAAACAGUACCACAUUGGGUAGUCUAUUUAGGGAAGUGUCGAGAGAAUUUCAUGCAAGCAAAGAUGCAGAAUGUCCAGAUGACUUGCUCAAAAAAAUGGCUGCUGCUGGCAUAAACCGCAAGGCCAGAGUUGCAGCAAACAAUGUAGCCGGAAUUGUUAAUCUGAACAGGGAGGACCUGGACAGUUCUCCAAGGCGACAGAAAUUCACUAAGCCCAAGCACUCUUAUAAUCGUCAUACAACCCCCCAGUUAUGA